AUGUCGUCUAAUAAUAUUAUACUACCAAAUGAAAUUGUUCGUUUGAUUUUAUUACAUUGUCAAACAUCGCAAGAUUAUUUAUCACAAUCAUUAGUUAAUCGCCAAUGGUCAUGUGAAUCUCGUCGAUUAAAAUCAUUUAUGAAAACACGUUUUUCACGCAAGAUAACAUUAUUUAAUUAUCGAUCAAUCAUAUGGAAUUUUGAUAUUCGUGUAACUAUUGUUGGUUAUGGGAAACAUGUUCAACGUCAUGGCUUAGAAGAAUGUGUACAAACUUAUCAUCGUGUUGGAGGACCUAGUGCAAGUGUUUAUUAUUUAGAACGACAUUGGCAAGAAGGAAAAUUACAUGGAUUAGAAAUUAUUCGUGAGAUUAAUGAAAUUUGGUAUACUAAAUAUUAUCCGAAUCAAAUAGAAAUAUCUAAUGAAAUGAUUGAUCAUCCUUAUGAAGGGUUACAAGCCGUAGAUUCAAUGAAAAAAUAUGGAAGACAUAAAAUAGUACCAAAGAACGGAAUAUUACCCGAAGGAUGUGAUUAUCUUGGUAAAAUUGUAUUUAAAUACGAAUGGAUAUCAAGUACAUUAGAGGAAAGUAGACAAGUGAAGCGAAAUUUAAUAAAUGAAUAUGAUCAAUCUAAUGUCAAUGGUUUAUAUGAUGUUAUCGAUAACACUGAUUUAUGUCAAAUGUCUUUGAAAUGA